AUGGUUCAUUAUCUUGACAUGAGGGGCGGGUGGGAUCUGAAGGAGUGCGAGUGCUGCUUUGACCGCGCGGUCAGCCUGGGAGCAGAGCGUGUUGUCACCAUGGAGAGCCUUGAAUUCGUGCGAUCCCUCCUCACCAAACAGGUGCCUGACGCCGCCCCCCUUGUGCCACGCCAGGGCUGGGGCAACGAAUUUGGCUGCACACGGAGUGUGCUGGACUGUGCUCUGAGAGCGCAGGCGUUUGGAGAGCAAGGGGAGAUGGAGCCUCGUGCGCAGUUCUCCUGCAAGUGCGCUCUUGCACCGUUUGUUUGUGCAGAAGCAAUGCUGCUCGAGUGGAUGGCUGAGCCUCGUGUGGGCGUGCUCAUGGACCUGGGGGGGAUCAGAUCCCGCCUGCCUGCCAUCCUGGCUAAUGAAGGUUCUGUUGGGGAUUCCCCUGCUGCGCCUGCUGCUGCUGCAACAUGGUCCUGCUGCUGCAGCAGCUGCUGGACUGCCUACCGCAGUGCCGUCAGCUUCGCUGCCUUCCUUGUGCUUGUGGCGAGGUGGCCUCAAAUGGACACCAUAUGGAAAGCGCACGUGGAUGUAUAUGACGCCGUCUACCCAGCCCUAGCAAGCCAGCUGGGGGCGGGCCGGCAAGAGGAGGAGGACAGUGCUGCUUCUGUGCUGGUGCAGGUGCUGGGGUUGAAGGAGAGCGCUGAUUUGAAGGAAGGGUUUGGGUUCUUUGUGCAGCAUGUGCUGUCAGGUGGGCUGGAGAAGGCGCAUGCUGAGGGGAGGGGGAAGGGGGGGGCUCAGGGGAAAACUGGUGAGAAGGCAAAGGGGAAGGGGCUUGGGGGAGCUGAGAAGAAGGGUCCGAUGAGUGCGGGGCUGAUGGGACAGAUGGGGCAGAUGGGGAAGGUGGAGCAAGCAAUGGCUGCUGUGAUGCAGAGCAUGCAGAGUGGGGCUUGCGUGGGCCCGGAUGACUGGCUGCAGAUCAUGCACGAACACGGAGUAGACAUGGCAGACAUGGUGGCGAUGCUGAGGGGCGAUGGUGGGGGGAGCAUGGGGAUGGGUCUGCCUUUUGGGAUUGGUGGUGGUGGGCGGGGUGGAAGUAGAAAGGAAGGGGUGGGUGGUGGUGAUCUGAAGGGUGAGAAGUGGAGGGAGAAUCUGAAGGGGCGUGUGUGGGAGAGGCCAGAGCACCGCAAGCUGGGAGCCAUGUUCUUUGCCGUGUCUCAGAGCGCAGCCAGCAGCAACGUGCAUGAUGCAGCCAUUGAAGAGGCCAGGGAGAGGCUGGGGAAGCGGAAACUGACCAGUGGGAAGCUAGGGAAAGAGGGGAAUGAGGGAGGGGCAACAGGAGGAGCAGUGGAUGCAACAGCAGCAGCUGCACCGGCAAAAGGGCGACCAGCUCCCAGUGUUGGUAACAGUGGAACCAGCACCAUCGGCAGCAUUGGGAUGCUAAGUCCUGUCCUCGUUCCUGUCAACACAGAACCAACCAUUGGGCUGCUCACGUACCGGGUUGCUUGCAUCUUGCAGUGGCUUCGAAUCUUCGGCUCGGAUUUCAUGUCCGCCAAGAACUGCUUCAAGAACAUCCCACACAGCAAGAUCCUGCCCAUGCGCCACCCACUUCGGGAUCUUCCGAGCCUGCUGGUCCGGUUUGGCGCUGUUCUCCCGCCAUUGGACGGAAGCACCUGCCUCCUGGACUGGGAGGAGUGGCCAGAGGGGGACGAAGCUGCUAUGAGGUUUCCUGAGGACUCCAGUGCGAGGUGUUUCGGGCUGGGCAGGGCUGAUGGCAGUCGCACUAACAGCGGAACUAGGGAAGUGCAGCAGGGAAGCUUCCCGGAAGCUCUGCUGCCACAUCAGAGUGGAGAGUCCUGUUCAAUUGUCCGUUGCAGGGCAGAUGCAGACUUGAUAGUGGAGUUUGCCGGUUUGUUCUUGGAGGUUCCAGCAUGCGCCCACUGCAGCCAGUGCAUCACCCUGUACAUCUCCCACGCCCCCUUCAUCGCUCUCAUUGCCAACUUCGCCUAUCGCCCCGCCUCCGUCCUUCUCGAUCGCUUCCUCUCUGUCUUCAAGCCGCGGUCUGAGGUGUUUCAGAGCCUUCUCUCCCGCCUGGGGCUGGACUCUUCUUUGAACGCUCCUCAUAGCACCCAAUCUGACAGUUGCAGCAGCAGCAGCAGCAGCAUACAUGCAUUACGGGAACGGGCAGAGCAGGUGCCGGUUGCCUUUCUGCUCAGCCUGGCGCUGCUCUGCGCCACGCCUCUCCUGCAACAGAGCGGCACGGAAGGCGGACAGAAUCCCAGGGCUGGUAUGGGUACCUCUGGGGCCAAGGAGAAGGCAGGCGGGAGGAGGGCCGCGAGUGGGGCUAGUGGGGAAGGCAAGAGGGGAGGAAAGGGUGGGAAUGGUGAAGAAGAUAGUGGGGUUGUGUGGGAGGAGGUGCAGUCCUGGUUCACAGUGGCAAUGCUGCCCCCCUCUGGCAUGGGGGGAGGCGGACUGGCGUGUAGUGGCAGGAUGGAGGAUGUAGGGGAGGAGGAUGUACUUGCACGGGUUGAAGAGGCAAGUGAGGUUUACCAGUGCUCUCUGCUGCCCAGGUUCCGUGAAGACAUGAAACAGGGGGAUGGGCUUGGUGGUUUCAGCAAGCGGAAGGGCAAGAUGGGGGAGGAGGCGGCUUAUCUGAAGGCAUGGCCGGGGGGAGUCAAUCUGGUGGCAUGUCUACGAGAGAUGCUGCUGGGGGAGCCGUGCUACCGCCCUGCCUCCCCUGCUGUCUCUUCCACCCCUGCUGUUCCAACCACUGGAGCUGCACGAACCAAUGCAGCCGUGCCUGUUUCAGUUACUGAAGCCUCGGGUGCUGCUGCUUGUAGGAAGCGUGUGUGCGGUGCUGUGGGGUGCGGGAAGGUGGAUGGUGAUGGUGUGAAGCUGAGGAACUGCUCUGGGUGUGGCAAGGUGGCGUUUGAAGCACUGAAUGCACGCAAUCAGGCCUCGGUCAUCCGUUGA